UAGCAUUCCGCGCCGCCGAAACCCUCGUGAGUCGCCGCCGCUCGCCGCUCGCCGCUCGCCGCUUUGAUAUCUUCAUCUCUGGGGUUUCCCUCUCUCUCUCUCUCUCAGCGGCUUUGCGAAGGUAGUCUUCGAAGUUGGGAAAUCUUGGUGGUAGGUUUCCGGUGCUUUCAUCAUGUUGGUGUCCAGGGUUUUGGGGCGAGUGCUUUGCGCCGCUUCCAAAUCGGAGUCCUUUGCGACUUCCGCCGCGGCGGCCGCUGCAGAUUCGGCUAGGAGGGCACAUAAUCCUCUCGAGGAGUUCUUUGAGGUGGACAGAAGCACGGAUGAAGAAAAACCCGUCGUUUAUGGACGUGGUUGGAAGGCUUCUGAAUUGCGUCUCAAAUCUUGGGAUGACCUUCAGAAGCUGUGGUACGUCCUUCUGAAGGAAAAGAAUCUGCUAAUGUCUCAACGCCAAAUGCUUCAUGCUCAGAACCUUCGCUUUCCUAACCCAGAACGAGUUCCGAAGGUAAGGAAGUCAAUGUGUCGAAUAAAGCACGUCUUAACUGAGAGAGCAAUUGCUGAACCUGAUCCAAGGAGGUCUGCUGAAAUGAAGAGGAUGAUUAAUGCCUUGUGAUGUUAUCUGUUUUCCUUUUGAAUUCUAGUAUUAUCUUAUGUGCUUUUUUCCCAAGAAGAUACAAUCAAAUGUCAAAAUCUAUUGGGCAACUGAGAUCCUUUUUUAUGCUUGAAAGGUUUCUUUGUUCUGUUGUGCAAUAUGUACUCAGAUCCUUGAUUUGCUUAAAACUUGAUCUUGAAUUUGUAUGCA